AUGCAGACGGUAAUCGAUGUGAGGUGCCAGUCUUGCGACUUCUUCUGCAAGGCAGCAGGGGGGACGUGCGUUAAUUUCCGCUCGUGUCCCUUACGGAAUAGGGAGAAGGAGAGCCUCGAGACAGCGUCGUUGACGGACAUCAUCUUUCUUCUCUACUACUCUUACGUGGACAUCAGCGAUGUGGGCAGGCGAUCAGAUGGCACAAGGAUCUUUGCAUCUGUUGCGAUCAGACACUUGAAUCUGAGAGGGAGGGUGCGGAUAUCGCACGAGGGAGUGAACGUGGUGCUCGAGGGGUUGAGAGGAGAUAUCGACUCGUAUAUUGCUGUCAUCCGAGGAGAUGGGAGAUGGGGAACAAACGUGGACUUCAAGUUGAGUGGUCUCAACGGCGACAGGGGAGUAGAGGAGCAGCGGUUCAAGAGCCUGAGCGUCAAGGAGACGUCAGAGGUUGUCUCUAUCGGGCUACGGCAAGAUCUGUACCCUCAUUUCCUCGGAGCAACGCACCUCACGCCACAGGAGUGGCAUGAGAAGCUGCAGAAAUCACGGGAGCAGGGGCAGGACGUUGUGCUGCUGGAUACGAGGAACGUGUAUGAGAGCAGGAUCGGAAAGUUUGAGUGCGAGGGAGUGGAGACGAUCGUGCCAAACAUCAGGCAGUUCACUGACUUUCCCAAGUUCGUCGAUGACAACAUCGACCUCCUCCGGGGAAAGACUGUGAUGAUGUACUGCACGGGAGGAGUACGAUGUGAAAGAGCCUCAGCGUAUGUCAAGGAGAAGCUGCAGACGGAAGAGGGAGAGGGGGAGAAGGAGCAGGGGCAGGGGAAGAACUUCGUUUUCGAUCCUCGAAGAUACGAGCCGAUGCAUGACGGGAAUGUCCUGGGGAGGUGUCACGUCUGCGGAUCCCCUCACGACGCCUACGACAACGGGCCCGAAUGCAGAUGCAAGACGUGCCGGCUGCUGCUGCUGGUGUGCGACGAGUGCAGAGGUAAGGAGACAUGA